GGUUUGACAUUCUUUGUGACUGACAGGCACUUUAGUGAACUCAAAAAAUGUCUGAAGAUCUACUUAUAAACUCAAUGAAAAAAACUGAGAUCAGAUGAUGUGAUCUGUUGUAUAACCACUAUAAUAUUAUUCAGACAGAAAACUUAAGUUGAUCAUGGCCUGGGUGCAGAUAGGAUGCCUACUUCUUGUUAUGUUUGGAUCCUUCGGUACAGAUGGUCUGAGAAGGAAAAGUAAGCUAGGCCUGUUGAGAUUUCCUCCUCUAUACAGUGAUGUUUCAAACCCAUCUGAUGAGUGGUUUACUCAACUAUUGGAUCAUUUUGAUCCCACAAACAACCAAACAUGGCAGCAGAGGUACCAAGUGGAGACAGAAUACUUCACAGAAGGAGGGCCAGUGUUUAUCAUGCUAGGAGGGGAGGGACCAGUGUAUAGCUCUGAUCUAAUAAACAGUAACAUGGUCAACUACGCUAAGCAGUAUGGUGCACUCAUGUUUCAAAUAGAGCAUCGCUACUAUGGGAAGAGUCAUCCAACAAGUGAUGCAAGUACAGAAAAUCUGAUUUACCUCACCAGUGAACAAGCAUUGGCUGACAUUGCUUACUUUGUGGAAGGUAUGAAUGUUCAGUACAACUUGACAUCGGACACCAAGUGGAUUGUGUUUGGAGGUUCAUAUGCCGGUAAUCUGGCUGCCUGGGUAAGACUGAAGUAUCCGCAUCUCAUACAUGGUGCUAUGUCUGCUAGUGGGCCUGUUUUGGCUAAAGUCGAUUUCUUUGAGUACAUGGACGUCGUCAGAAACUCCUUAGGAACUUGCGGACAAUCCUGUGUUAAAGCUGUUGAAAUGGCAAACAGAAGAGUUAACCAACUGCUGAAAAAGAAAUCUGGACAGAAAACUAUUGAACAUUUAUUCAAGCUGUGUGAUCCCAUAGACACAACAGACCAGAAUGAUGUGUGGAACUUGCUGGAAUCAUUGGCUGAUAACUUUGCAGUUAUAGUUCAGUACAACAAUGAAGGAUUGCCUUACAGUAUAAAUACAUUAUGUGAUAUCAUGACAAACAAGACCAUAGGCAGUCCCCUCAUGAGGUAUGCUUUUGUCAAUAAGAUUUUACUAAAUUUGUUUGGAGAAACAUGUGUUGACUACAAAUACAAUAAAAUGAUUGAACAGUUGAAGGAGACAAAUUGGACAUCACAAAGUGUUAGCUCUGGAGAUAGGACUUGGGUUUACCAAACUUGUACAGAAUUUGGGUACUAUCAAACCUCUGAAUCAAAGAAGGAAUUUUUCUCUAAUGAUUUUCCAAUACCAUUCUUUUUGCAGCAGUGUUCUGAAAUCUUUGGAGACAAAUUUACAGACAAGGAAAUUUAUGAUGGUGCCUAUCGUACAAAUGCCAUAUAUGGAGGCUUGGAUCUACAAGCCACCAAAGUAGUCUAUGUCCAUGGUACAAUCGACCCUUGGCAUGCACUUGGGAUAACUUCCACUGCGGUCUCUGGCGCAACUGCUAUCCUUAUCAAUGGCACUGCUCACUGCGCAAACAUGAAUCCUCCUUUGCCUACAGACCCACCUGCUCUCAAAGCUGCACGGAAAAAAGUUGGGAAACUCAUUGGUCAUUGGCUUCAUGAAAGCUAAUUUGAAAAUGUUACAGUAUUGUAGGGUUUUAUCUUAAUGAAUGUGUAUAUAUAUCUUCUUUUUAAGGUUAAGUAAUUAUUAUACAUGUUUAUUGUUUAAAAUAGGAAAACUCUGAAAUAAAUAACCCAAUUUUAAAAGAAUAAAGUUAUUUUAACACAA